GUUUCUGUGAGUCCUGCUCGCUGUAGGCUUCAGAAUGAGCGCAGUUGCUUUCCUCUCAGUCUGAGAGGCAACUGCAGUUUUUUUCUUUUCUCUUUUCUUUUUUCCAUUUAUGUUUCCUUCUCAGUGCCUGACAUCAGUAGGAGUCAUUGAAGAUUUAGUUUCCCUACCCUCACCGUACUUUGGGACUUCUCUCACACCCCUGUGUUGUUAUUUUCGUGCCUGGGAAGUACCAUGCCGGUGGUUGGCGUAGCCUCCAAGCUCAGGCAACCCUCGGCCGUGGGCACCAAGCCAGUGCAUACCGCUCUCCCCAUCCCAAGUGCAGUCAGGGCGGCCGUCUCGCAGGGCUACAUGGCCCGGCAGCAGGAGCUCAGGGCAGGUGAGGGCGCCCCAGGGCUCUCCUGCCAGCUGUCAGUCAAGUCUGAGUACCAGCGAGAGAGGACAUCUGAAGGGAAGUCCAGAGCAGAGACAGAGGAGAGCAAGAUCUGCAAGAUUUACACAGACUGGGCCAAUCACUACCUGGCCAAGUCUGGCUGUCAACGCCUCAUCAAGGACCUGAGCCAGGACGUCACCGAUGGAGUCCUGCUGGCACAAAUUAUCCAGAUCAUAGCGAAUGAGAAGGUGGAGGAUAUCAAUGGCAGCCCCAGGAGCCAGUCGCAAAUGAUCGAGAAUGUGGACGCCUGCCUUAGCUUCCUGGACGCCAGAGGAGUGAAUGUACAAGGGCUCUCAGCAGAAGAGAUCAGGAAUGGCAACCUGAAAAGCAUCCUGGGCCUCUUCUUCAUCCUGUCGCGCUACAAACAGCAGCAGCAGCAGCAGCAGCAGUACUACCAGUCCCUGGUGGAGCUCAGCCAGCAGACCAGCAGCACAGCACCGUCCACCAGCAGUCUCAAGACACAAGAGAUGCAGUCCAGUCUCACAGCACGAUAUGCAAGUCCUCCGGGCCACAGUGGAAUAGGGUCUCCACAGAAGAAAAACACAAGGUUGCCGGGCCCCUCCAGAGUUCCUGCUGCAGGCAGCGGGGCCUCCAGGAGCCCAGGAUCCUCCAACCUCAACCGCCGCAGCCAGAGCUUCAACAGCAUCGACAAGAGCAAGCCUCUUCAGUAUGCCAGUGGGAACGACAGAGAGUCGGUGAGGGGUAUCCCUGCACCUGGCGGGAUGAAUGGAAGCGGCACCGGUGGGACAGUUCCUACCAGCCUCAGCGGGCAGCAGCUGGCCUCUGCCAUCCCCUCACCCACUGCCGGCAAGUCCUGGCGCAGCAAGUCCAUGAACCUCAAGCACAGUGCCACUUCGUCCAUGCUAGCGAGCCCCACGCAAUCACCUUCACCCACUCUUUCACCCCAGGCCUCUGAAGGCCUCCUGCCACACGGAGGGGAUGUGUCAAAACUGGGGGCUGGUGCUGGUGGACCUCAGAGGUCCAUGCUAGAGAAGUUUCGUCUGAUUAACCCGAGAUCGGCUUCACGAGCAUCUCCGUCUAUGGCAGAGAUGGCUCUGCAAGAGGAGGAUGAUCUUUCAGAGUAUGGUGAGGAUGGAUUGACCCCCACGGGGUCCGUGUGCAGCAGCGGUAGUAGCAGUGCUACGACCAAGCAAAUGCCUACUAAGACCCCUGCAUCGUCCCUCCCUGCAUCAGGCAAAGCUUCCUCCCCUUCCUCUUCAUUUUCUAAAGCAGCUGCCAACAGCAGCAGGUCUACCGCCUCAUCCAAAGACAAGGAGGACAAAAGCAAGUAUGGGAAAUCAAAGGACAACUCUCCACCCAAAGAGGAGCGUGAGGCAUACGCUGAUCCCAACAAGAAGUCCUCCAAAAUUGCCAGCCUCAUCCCCAAAGGAGGGAAGCAAGCAUCUGGGAAGAAAGAUGGCAGCGGGAUUCCUAAACCGGGACUUAAAGCUCCCUCCUCAGCAUCAUCCAAGGGUCAGUCCCAGAGCCAAAGCCAGUCCGCCUUAAACAGCAGCGGCAACAUGAGGGGCGGAGACGGGGAGAGAGCCAAGAUGACGAAAGGAGGGCAAGGGGGGAGUUUCUACAUCCAGCGCUCCACUGGGGGCUCAGAGGGCAAAAGGACCAGCAUGACCUCCUCCACCAGCACCUCAGCUCUGUCUGGGUCUGGUGGGAUGAUGGGAGGAGGUGGAGGAGGAGGAGGAGCGCCUGGUGGUAAUGGAGUAGUUCAGCUUCCUCAGCAGCAGCAGCACAACCAUCCCAACACUGCCACUGUGGCCCCCUUCAUGUACAGGACAUUCUCCGAAAACGACUGCACCAUGGUGGCCCCAGCCGACCCCUGCCUCAGCCCUACCAAGGGAGAACUGGUCUACAGCAAGACAGCCAAACAGUGCCUGGAGGAGAUAUCAGGAGAGGAUCCAGAAGCGAGACGCAUGAGGACAGUGAAGAACAUCGCUGACCUGCGGCAGAAUCUGGAAGAGACCAUGUCCAGUCUGCGGGGGACACAGAUCAGCCACAGUACACUAGAAACAACCUUCGACACCACGGUCACCACCGAGGUCAAUGGGCGUGGUCUACCAGCCCUCACCACACGCUCCUCCCCCAUGGCCUGGCGCCUUGGCCAAUCACAAACCCCACGUCUCCAGGCGGGCGACGCCCCCUCAAUGCCCAGUACCUACGCUGCACCCAGGGCGAGCACGACAAGCGCUGGCACCACCACAGGGCGCUACAGCGGGGGGCACUCUGACUCCUCCAGGUUUGUGUACAGUGCCCCCUUGAGGCGAGCGGCAGCAGCACCAGGGGCAAGGGGGGCGGAGCAGGGGGAGAAGGGAGGAGGAGGAGGAGGAGGAGGGCUGGAAGGAGGGAAGCAGAUGGAGGUGGCAGGGUACAUGAGUGAUGGGGACAUCUUAGGGAGGAACGGCCGGAUGGAUGAGAUCACCAGCGGAUACCUUACAGACGGCGGCCUCCAUCUGUAUGCACGGAACGCAGGCCGAGCCUCGGAUACGGCUUCUUCUCGAGAAGCAUCCCAGAGAGGGAGCAAAGAGGUGCAGGGCGACAUAGACAGCUGGGACGACAGCAGCUCGGUGAGCAGCGGCCUGAGCGAUACAUUGGACAACAUCAGCACAGAUGAUCUGAACACACCGACCUACACCGCUGUCAGCUCAUCACGCAAAAGCAAAGGAGCUCAGUCUCAGAAAGGAAGCAGGUCCAAGCAUGCAGGGCAGGAGGUGAGCAGUAGCUGGGCCGGAGCCGAGGACCUAAAGAAGGUUGAGGAAGAGCUGGAAGCAAGCAUGGACCCCAGCAGCAGCCCCUCUCGCUGGAAAUCUUCCUCAUCCUCCUCCCCCUCUCAAGCCCAGGGCCAGUAUGAGGAUGCAGGUCAGAAAGCAGCCGCAUUGGCCCAGAUGUCCCAGACGGGCUCCUGGAGGAGGGGCAUGACGGCCCAGGUUGGCAUCACGCCACCCAGGACCAAGGGUGCGUCUGCUGCCCUCAAAUCACCAGGCAAAACUGAUGAUGUUAAGGCCUCAGAGAAGGGCAAGGCGCCUUCCAAGAGUUCAGCUGGCAUCCAGCGCUCACCCUCCGAUGCUGGGAAGAGUAGUGGAGACGAAGGUAAGAAACCUCCCUCUGGAAUCGGACGCCCACCGACCACUGGUUCUUUUGGAUAUAAGAAGAUCCCGGGUGCUGCCGGUACUUUAAUCACCUCCAGUGGUGCAACGCUAGCCAGUGGCUCAGCCACCCUGGGCAAAGCGCCCAAAUCCUCAGCAGCCCUUGGCAAGGGCACAGGCAUCGGCGGUAACCGUAAGACCAGUCUGGAUGGCUCACAGCCCGAGGACGACGGCAUUCUCCUCAGCUGCGGUAGCUCCAAAGUGACCCUGCAGUACCGCUCUCUACCCAGACCGGCCAAAUCCUCCAGUGGGGUGGCAGCAGGGCGCAGCGGGCACCGCUCGAGUUCCAGCAGCAUCGACUCAAACGUCAGUGGCAAAUCAGCAGGAGGGGCAGCAACUCAAGCAGGUGCAAAGCGCAGAGACGGGAAGGUUGGCUCAGACCGUUCCAGUCCUAUCACCAUUAACCAGACGGACAAAGAGAAGGUGGCAGUGUCAGACCAGGACACAACAGCAGGACUGUCCACAUCCCCCAAGUCCAGCCCCACGUCCAGUUCAGCCGGCCAGUCAGGCCUCAGGCAGCCGGGCUCCAAGUACCCAGACAUUGCUUCUCCUACGUUUCGCAGAUUGUUUGGUACCAAAGCCAGCAGCAAGGCCAGCUCUCCGGGUACGCCAGACUCUGGCAAGUGCCCCUCAGUACUGGGCAGCCCCCACGGCACGUUGGCAAGGCAGGCCAGCCUGGAUUCGCCCUCCUCCGGCACGGGUAGCCUGGGCAGCGCUGGGGGCAUGAGUGGCGGCAGUAGCCCACUGUAUGGUAAAACCCCAGACCUGUGCACUGACUCCCCGGCUUCCAGCCCGGCCUCUGGCCUCUCCCUGCCCUCCAACGCUCGGCCCUGGCCUGCCUGUAGCUCCUCAGCUGGCAGCAAGGACACACUGAGCUGCCAAAGCAUGACCAGUCUGCACACCAGCUCUGAGUCCAUUGAUCUGCCGCUGGGUCACCAUGGGCCCAAGGUUACACGAACCGGCAGUGUCAAGUCCACCCUGUCUGAGGGCAUGCCUCUUGACAGAAACACGCUUCCCAAAAAGGGACUAAGGUACCCUCCCUCCUCCCGGCAGACGUCCCACGAGGAAGGGAAGGAGUGGUUACGGUCCCAUUCAACAGGCGGGCUUCAGGACACAGGCAGCCAGUCCCCACUGUCUCCUCCUGGAGCUGCCUGCACUGCGACUGGAAAAUACCACUACUCCAACCUGUUGAGUCCCACCAACAUCAGCCAGUACAACCUGCCACCAGGCAGCACCAGCAUGAGCCGCUCCAACAGCAUCCCCGCACAGGACUCCUUCGACCUGUAUGGAGAGGGUCACCCACUGGGCGGCAGUGCAACCUCCCUGGAGGAUCGACCCCGGGCCAUCAGCCGCUCCGGAUCUUUCAGGGACAGCACUGACGAAGUCCAUGGCUCUUCACUGUCUCUGGUCUCCAGCACGUCGUCUCUUUACUCUGCGACGGAGGAGAAAGCACACUCAGAGGGCCAAACAGUCCAAAACUCCACGCAAAUCAGAAAGCUGCGCCGGGAGCUGGACGCUUCUCAGGAGAAGGUGGCGACCCUGACGUCUCAGCUGGCUGCCAACUCACACCUGGUGGCAGCCUUCGAGAAGAGCCUGAGUAACAUGACCUGCCGCCUGCAGAGCCUCACCAUGACCGCCGAACAAAAGGAGUCUGAGUUGGCCGAGUUGAGGGAGACGAUAGAGUCGCUGAAGACCCAGAAUACAGAUGCACAGACAGCCAUCCAGGUGGCGCUCAACGGUCCUGACCACCUACACAAAGACCUGCGAAUUAGACGACAGCACUCAUCAGAAAGUAUGUCCAGUAUCAACAGCGCUGCCAGUCACUCCAGUAUGGGCAGUAUGGGCAAGGACGCCGAAGACAAAAAGAAGAAGAAGAAGAGCUGGGUGGCUGAUUCCAUCCCGGCUCAGUUACGCAGCUCCUUUAAGCAGGCAUUCAGCAAAAAGAAAACCAAAUCCCAAUCCGCCCACGACGAGAUGGAUGAGAUGACCGACUCCCUGCCAUCCUCACCUAAACUGCAGCAUGAUAACAGACAAGGCAGCCUGCUCACACUGCGCUCUUCACCCUCCACCACAGAGCUUUGUGAAUGCACCGAAGCCGAGGCUGAAGUCAUCCUGCAGCUGAAGAAUGAGCUGAGGGAGAAAGAGCUCAAGCUGACAGAUAUCCGGCUGGAGGCGCUUAGCUCCGCCCACCACCUGGAUCAGAUCCGAGAGGCCAUGAACCGCAUGCAGAAUGAAAUUGAGACGCUGAAAGCAGAGAACGAUCGUCUCAAGUCCAGCGGGAACGCCACACCGACGGCCACGCCUGUGAAGACAGCCCGGCCGCCCUCCGAGACCUCCAGCACGUCGUCAUCCUCCUCACGCCAGUCCCUCGGGCUGUCGCUCAAUAACCUCAACAUCACCGACACCAUCAUGUCAGAUAUUCUGCUGGACGACGGCUAUGAGGGGAAUCUACGCAAGGAGGGUCGCAGUGUGCGAAUAGUGGUCACCAUCAGCAGAGGGCCAAAGACAAAGACCAAGGGUAAACAAAGUCAGCAGUACCUGAUUGGGUCUAUAGGUGUGAGCGGGAAAACCAAGUGGGAUGUCCUGGAUGGAGUCAUCCGACGCCUCUUUAAGGAGUACGUGUUUCGCGUGGACCCUUUGACCAGCCUUGGCCUCAGCUCAGACAGCAUCGUCUGCUACAGGAUGGGCGAGGUGGUUCGCUCCCACACUUCUGAAGUGCCUGAGCUGCUUCCCUGCGGCUACCUGGUGGGCGACAACAACGUCAUCAAGGUCAACCUCAAAGGUUUAAAGGAGAACAGCAUUGACAGCCUGGUGUUCGACACGCUGAUCCCCAAACCAAUAAUCCAGCGGUACCUCAACCUGUUGAUGGAACAUCGUCGCAUCAUUCUCUCAGGACCCAGUGGCACCGGCAAGUCCUUCAUGGCUGCCAAGCUGGCUGAGUACAUCAUUUCCCAGAUGGGGCAGGAGGUGACAGAGCACAACGUGGCCAGCUUCAACGUGGACCAGAAUUCCAGCAAGGACCUGCGUCAGUACCUGUCCACCCUGGCAGAACAGUGCAACUCUGAGGAGACAGACAUAGAGCUCCCCACUGUGGUCAUACUGGACAAUCUGCACCACAUCGGUUCUCUCAGUGACAUAUUCAACGGCUUCCUCAACUGCAAGUACCACAAAUGCCCUUAUGUUAUUGGGACCAUGAACCAGGGAGUUUCAUCCUCUCCCAACCUCGAGCUCCACCACAACUUCAGGUGGGUUCUGUGCACUAAUCACACAGAGCCGGUCAAAGGUUUCCUGGGCCGUUUCCUGCGGCGGAAGCUGAUAGAGACAGAGAUCAAUAAGAACAUGCGCAGCAAUGACCUGAUUAAGAUCAUCGACUGGAUCCCCAAGACCUGGCAGCACCUCAACGGCUUCCUGGAGGCACACAGCUCCUCUGAUGUCACGAUAGGCCCCCGUCUCUUCCUGUCCUGUCCCAUGGAUGUAGAAGGCUCUCGGGUUUGGUUCACCGACCUGUGGAACUACUCACUGGUUCCCUACCUGCUGGAGGCUGUCAGGGAGGGGCUUCAGCUGUACGGCAAAAGAGCAGCAUGGGAGGAUCCUUCUAAGUGGGUGAACGACACGUAUCCGUGGAACGCCGCCGCUCUGCAGCAGGAAGGUCAGUCGCUGCUGCAGCUGAGGCCAGAGGAUGUCGGGUACGACGGCUACAGUUCAUCCAAAGAGGGAGCCUCAUCCAAGCAGGUGUCUCAGAGUGACACGGAGGGAGACCCACUGAUGAACAUGCUGCUACGGCUGCAGGAGGCUGCUAACUACUCCAGUACACAGAGCUGCGACAGUGAUAGCACCAGUCAUCAUGACGACCAGCUGGACUCCUCGCUUGAGUCAGCGCUAUGAGACGCCCGGGAACCUUUAAACCUCUUUUCAGACACAUACAGUGCACAGAUGUUUCAUGUAUGAAAAGUUGUCUCAUCCAGAGUGGUGUACCUGCCAUUUGACAGAAAACAGUUAUUUUUACGUAAAGACAGUGCAACAUUUAACCGGAUUAUUGUGUUUCAAGAGCUGCAGCCAACUUGGUCCCCAGUGAGCAAAAUAAUAAUCAUACAAGUUACAAUGUUACAAUGUUACAAUGUUAAAAUGUUACAAUGUCAUUUAUCCAAAGUGACGUACAUACGAGAACAAGAACAACACAAGUAAAGAUCUAGACAAGAGGAAACAAGAUCAGUAAGAGUAACAAAGUGCUUCAAGUCAAUUUGGGUGCAGGUGAUCAAGUUGAUCCGUUUAACUUCAACACAUCAGAUGUCAGCUGGUCAUUUCUUCAAUGGAUGUAUAACAUUUAAGGAUACAACUUUUCAUAUAUGAUGAGGGACAGAAGUCGUCCUCUAAUGGCCAAAUUCCACCAGAUCCAUGUCCGGUCCGUCUCCAAUCUGUCACAGCACCUGAUCUGAAAGGUUUCUAUUCUAGUCAAUGUGUUAACCUCCACUGGAUCCGCUCCGUUGCGUUCCUGCUGCGCCUCUGAUCCGGCAGGUCCGAACGUAACAGAUCAGAUACACAGGAUGCCGGAGCAUGAUGCAUCAAUCUCAACAGAGCAGAUGGAGCGGGACAGGAAGUCAGUCACCAAAACAAAAUAAAAACAUCCGGUUAAUUUUCAGAAUAAAACACUCUUUGUUAUCGUUACAUUGUUUUUAACUUAACUAUGACAACAAAAUGUCAUUUGGAGCGGAGGCAGGCUUGGAGUCAUCAAGUCAGAGGUUUUCAGAGGACCAGAAAGACAACAUGGAUGAGCAGAGGAGGAGGAGAAUCCUUGGUUCAGUGAUUACCGUGGGAAAACCUCGGUCACAUGACUCCAGCUGUCCGGCGGCCCUAGUCUGUGCUGCAUUCCAAAAACGCAGCACGGUGGGUGUUGACGGACGAGAGAACACGGAGCGGAUCGGAGACGGGUCGGAGACGGACCGGACAUGGAUAUUGUGGAAGUCCCGUGUAAGAAGUAAAUCACAUCACUCCUUCUGAGUUGAUCGAGUCUGAAAAGAAGAGAAAGCCAAGAGUCUGACAUCACAAAACUGGACUUUUCUUUUUUUUUUUAUCCCAGAUAUAUCUUCAGAUGUUUACAGUGGGGGGUUUGGGUUCUGUUGUUUAUGUCCUUCCUUGUUUACAGAGGUGCUUCUCACACACACAUACACUCAUACAUAUGCACUUGACAUUGGCAGCAGCAGGACACCGGCCUUUAAUCAGGGGGGCUUCAAUUGGUUUAAGCCCUCAUGUGACCAACGACCCAGUCUGCCAAAGUGUCCAGGAGCAAGAGACUAUUUAUACCACCUGGGGCCCUAAAGUCUGACCCCAACCUCCUGUAGGAGCUGACUUGUUGUGUGUUUUAGGUGAUUUAAUGUAACCUAGCAGAGAGAAAAACUGAAUCUCUUUAAACAUUAACAGAUCUGAAAGUGUCAUUGGAUCUAUCUUGUGCUGAAUAAUUAGUCUGGCUCCUCACUAGUUACAACUUUAAAGUGUAGGGCUAAGGGAUACAUCAUUGUUUACUGCUACAUCACCUCAUUGUGGUGGUCCUUGCCUUUCCUGAGCAUGGAGACAAUUCUGCACCUCCAUGAUGGCAUGAACACACGUGGUCGAUUUGAGGUAUUCCUACGAGCAUUGCAAGAAUUACUUUAUCAUAACACUCACAUACGAUUCACAGCCCUCCGCCUCAGUGGUCAGUUGAGCCUCAUGGUGCUGGUCUCCUGCCCUGAAACUCUUCAGUGUCAGGCACUGCCAAGCUGCGCCUCGCUGCCCCGCGUGCCAACAACAAGCACAACGAAAGCGCAUUGUCUGUGUGUCGUCCAGCCACAUUGCUACUGUGAAGAAAGAAAGUGGACAAGUGCCAAUGUUUCCCUUUGGUUUACUGCCAAAUGUGUACACAAACACACCCACCGAGACUUUACAUCACAACUCACAGCAGACCACGUUGUAUACUUUGAUUUAGUUGUUUUUGGCCUUCCUUGCUCCACAGUCUAUUGUCAUUUCAUAGUUUUAAAUGCACCGUUAAAACAGCAUGAAGCACCCUCUCACAGAAAUGCAUCAAGUGACCGUUAGCUAAAGCCCUCCCUUUAACAACAAAUGUUAAAACCCGUGAGUUGGCACGGUAACAUCUGUCACAUAUGCAAGAGGUGUAGUUCAAAACACAGAAGUCAUUUCAAAAGAUUUAAAGGCAGAAGUCUUUGCAAACCGAAAACAUGUGCAGUAUGUUAAAAAUACAGUCUAAAAUUAGCUGCAAAUAUUAGCAUGAUCUGUUAAUUUCUUACAGUAGUUACUAACACUCUCUGCAAACCCCAAAACCUUGUUUUAAUUCAGUUAGGAGAACUAACAAUGUGCUUGAAAGACAGCAGACAAAUGUACACCAAUCACGUUGCAAGGUGGAGAUUUAUUUUGCUCUUUUUUUGUCUGAACUCAGUUUCCUUUAGUGUCAAAAAAAAGAGAGUGGAAAUGUACUGAUGCGUCGUAUUGUUGUAAUCAGCGUGGGUGUGACAAUGGAGAGUGUGAUAGAUACCUUGAGAGAGUUUCUUUGGUGGUCUGGGCUAAGCUAACGGUCAGCUGUAAACUGUUGAAGUCUGUGGGUCACCUUCAGGACAAACCAAGCAAAAGAUAUUCAAAAACGUCAAAAAGUGAACGCCCUUUUCUACAGAUUUGACAAAGAGCUAUUGUAGUGUUUGAUCAGUUAACAAAACAUUGGUGAAAUAGAACUAAAUGAUGCAAGCUGACAGUGCAAGAUGGCCCUCAUUUGAUAGUCUUGCUCCGCAAUCUGCGCCCAUCUGAGAUUCACGAUGUACCAAACAAUCCAAAGUACUUUCAAAUGCAAGCUCAGCGUAGGAGCUGAAUAAAUGAUCAGUGAUACUGGUGCUUUCUCACUGCCUUAAUUGUGCAAAGAUUUGGGAUGCGUACUCAGCUCCCAUUGGCUAUAAUGAGAAACAGAGACGUGAUGUUGGAUGAUGAUUAUCUGCUUCCUAAUCCAUCAAAGAAGCAGAUUGAAGUAAAAAAAAAAAAAAAAGACCCACUUUUGUUAUUGUUACUCUCUCUUCCUCCAAAGCUCCCUUUCUCGUCUCUGACAUUUAAAGUAUAAAAGAGUUGAUGCUGUAUUUGAAUUAUAUCUGACCAAUAUUGUAAAAACAUAUAAAAGGGAUGGGGUGUUUUUUAAGUUGUUUUUUGGCCCAGUUGAGCUGGGCUCACUUGAACUGACAGGAGCACAACCAAACAGAUUUGGGGUUUUCUAGCCUGAUGAGCAUGUUUUGAAGCUUUUUAAUGGGGAUGCAUUGAGAAGAGACCUUAUCGUUACGUAUGUGUGUGUUGGACGGAAGCCAUUUUGAAUUUUGAUUGUCCUCUCUUUGUUUAACAAGUGGGUUGGUUUUGCACACUUUGAGGUUGGGGUGGGUUGUAUAUACUUAAGUCUUGCACAGUGGAUCAAGAUGCAUUCUGCCCUGUUGAUGUUACAAUAUGCUUAACCCGCUGAGUAAAUUAUUGUACUUUAAAAACAGAGAGAAAAAAAAGAAAUGCAAAAACCCAACACGCUGUCAGAAGCAGGUGUGUGUCUUGUGGUGGUUGGAUGUUUUGCCUAUGCAGGAGGCAUACGGUGUACAGUAUAAAGCUGAUUUGAACUCACAAAUAUCGCAGCCUGAGAACACAUAAAAGGCACUUUUCCGGUUUAUUACCCCAUAUUCUCCGUCUUUAGGAAUGCCUGUUGUUCCUUUAAAGCACUUCCUCUCCGGACAUUAUAACCUUAAGCUUACCGCCACGUUCGACUUGCAGGCUGUCCGAGGCACCGAAGCUGACCUGACACCGUACUGUAUACAUUCACCGACAACCAACAGGUGCUACUGGUCAGUAAAAGCCCAUCAGAGACCAAGACGUCAUGUUGUCUCAACCUCAGGACAAUCCUAUGCUCUACAAUCCUACCUGUGUUCAGCUUCACGUGUGUCUCUGCAGCCAAGUCUCACGUUUAUCUGCCUGCCUCGGCCGGCCUUGCGUCUGCACGGAUGGACAGUUGCAGGAUAAGUUAUCAUGAUAACAGGUUGCUUCAUACCUACAGUUACACAUAUAUUACUCCAGCUUUUCAACCUCCUGUUAUAGGCGCAUGAGUUCCUGAGCUCGCAGAAUGUUGACACGUCAACAGUGUACACCAUAGUCUCAAUACUCAACUGGUAUUUUAUCCCACUUUACACUUUGCAGUUCAGUCUCAGUUACAAACCAUAGCAUUUACUCUGGGUUAAGAAAAAAGUUUUCUUCUUUUUGGGUGAAACAUUUGUCCUUCAAUGUUUUAUAUUUUGUACAUUUGUAUGUAACAUAUCAUGUAAAUAGACAGAGACAGUGAUUUAACUCAUCUGGAGGAUUUUGUAGUCUUUGUAAAGCCCUAAUAAAUGGUAUUUGGUGUCACAUGA